AGAGAUGUCGGAAGAAUUAAGAGAAUCAUCAUAUGACUGUGACAUCUGCAAAGAGUCAUUCUUAGAAGAAAGUAAAUUCAAUCAACACAAACAAAUUCAUACAGAGGAAGCACCAUAUCACUGUACUAUCUGUGGUAAAUCAUUCUCUGUUUGCAGUAGCUUAACCAAACACAAAUGUAUUCAUACAAGAGACAAACCAUAUCGCUGUGAUAUCUGUGGUAAAUCAUUCUCUAAUGACAGUAACUUAACUCGUCACAAACGGGUUCAUACAGGGGAGAAACCUUAUCACUGUGAUAUCUGUAGUAAAUCAUUCUCUGAUGGCAGUAGAUUAACUAAACACAAGCGUAUUCAUACAGGCGAGAAACCAUAUCGCUGUGAUAUCUGUGGUAAUUCAUUCUCAGAAAGCAGCAGCUUAACUCAACACACACGUAUCCAUACAGGGGAGAAACCUUAUCACUGUCAUAUCUGUGGUAAAUCAUUCUCUGUUUGCAGUAGCUUAACUAAACACAAGCGUAUUCAUACAGGGGAGAAACCAUAUUCCUGUGAUAUCUGUGGUAAAUCAUUCUCUGAAAGCAGUCCCUUAACUAAACAUAAGCGUAUUCAUACGGGGGAGAAAUCAUAUCACUGUGAUAUCUGUGGUAAUUCAUUCUCAGAAAGCAGCAGCUUAACUCAACACACACGUAUCCAUACAGGGGAGAAACCAUAUUCUUGUGAUAUCUGUGGUAAAUCAUUCUCUGUUGGCUGUAGCUUAACUAAACACAAGCGUAUUCAUACAGGGGAAAAACCAUAUUCCUGUGAUAUCUGUGGAAGAUCAUUCUCUGAAAGCAGCAGCUUAGCUAAACACAAGCGUGUUCAUACAGGAGCGGAAUGAUAACCUUGUAAUAUCUGUGGUAAAUCAUUCUCUCAGAACAGUGGCUUAACUCAACACAAACGUAUUCAUACAGGGUAGAAACCAUAUACCUGUGAUAUCUGUGGUAAGAUAUUCUCUGGAAAGUCACUUAACUAUCCACAAAAUCAUUGACACUCAAGAAAAAUCAAUUCACAGUGAUAUCUGUGGCAAAUCAUUUACACAAAAUCAUUUGAUUUAAACAAGUCUUUCCUUAUGAAGUGGGUCCAUAACACAGUGAUAUUUGUUGUAUAACAUUUCCUCAGAAGGACAAACGACAUAUCUUAUAAAGACAUCCACAGAAUAUAGAAACUAUAUGAAUGUGACAUCUAUGGUAAAUCUUUGACAUGAAAUCAUCCAUUAUUGAAUCAAAAGAGCAUUGACAGAGGAAGGAAAACAUAUCACUGUGAUGUUAAACCUGAAUCAUUCUUUCAAAAUGGUGAAUUGUUUGUACACAGUCCU